GGCAGCUCUGGGCUACAUAUGCUUGCUUAGAAAUUUUUAACCUGUUCUUAACCUGCCUUAACCGGAAUUUAUUGAAGUGGGCCACAUUGUUUUUUGUGCGUAUAAUAUGUCAGAUUUUAUAGAGAAUCAAAUUCAAUCAUUGCUUACUGGACAAGCAUUAGAAAACGAUGACAUAUGUAAUGUCUAUACUUUAGGGAGUGAUACAACAGGUGCGAAAGCAGAUGCACAUGUGCCUAUUUGUCAGAAAACGGUGACGUACAUAGUAGCUGCUGUUGUUAUAAAUGAUAAAGGUGAAGUAUUAAUGAUACAGGAAGCAAAAGCUUCCUGCUCUGGAAAAUGGUACUUGCCAGCUGGUCGAGUGGAAAAGAAUGAAAACCUGAUAAGUGCUAUAAAGAGAGAAGUCUUAGAAGAAACAGGUCUUGUAAUAAUACCGUCGAGUCUGAUAUUGGUAGAAUGUGCAAAUGGCACAUGGUUUCGCUUUGUAUUUACUGGAGAUAUAGUUGGUGGUACUCUAAAGACACUUGAUCAGGCGAAUGAGGAAUCUCUACAGGCGUGCUGGAUACGAAACAUAAAUGACUUGCCCUUAAGAUCUAAUGAUAUCUUGUAUCUCCUAGACAGAGGCAAAAGUUACGUUUCAAAUAAAAAUAUCUCCCAACAUCCACAAUUGAUGCCGAUAAUUAAACCACAUACCAAACUAUUGCUGAGAUUAAUAGUUAUAUCUAAGAAAAGAUCAACGAACAAAUUACAUGUGCUUAUAUCUGAUACUGAACGAUGUAACGCACCGAUUUGUGAAAUUAAUCCAAAUCGUAAUUUAUUAUCUACUCUGCAUAACUUUACGACAGAAAUAUUUGGAAACGAUAUACUGCAACAUAAGCUACACGGUCUGCUGUCUGUAGAAUUUAGUGGUGGAGAACAAGGAGGAGAUGGCAUGUGUUUAACAUUACUGGUAUCUUUCAAAUUGCCUUUAGAAGAUAUGCCUACAAUUGGAAAAUAUAUUUGGCAUGAAAUUUCCGAAAACGUAGCAGAAGCUCUUACAGCCCGUCUACCGCGAAAUAUGACUGUCCCUUUAAAGGUCGUACGUUAAUUGCAUACGAAUAUUAUGCAUUCAUUCCGUCUGACACAAAAAUAAGCAGUAUAGGAGACUCAGAAUCUUUUACUAAAAUGUCCAUGACGUUAACAAUUUCGUUACCCUAGUCUACCAAUGACUAUAAGAGAUGUUAAUAUGUAACAAAAUAAUCAUUCCAUAUAUUUAUAUAACGAAAUAAACAGUUAUAAUAUUUAUGUAAUGUAACAAAU